AUGGGUCGCUCCCGCCGCGCGCGCGCCGCGCCGGCCGGCUCCACAUCGGCGGAAGGGCGAGCGGAGCCCGGUGGGGCGAUGGCCGGCGCGGGCAGGGAGGAGCUGGGCAUGGAAGUAAUGAAGCCUUUAAUUGAUGAAGAAGACUCAGAUGGUAUCUCAGAUGAAGAGCAUGAAAAUGCUUUCCUGCCAGUUAAGACGCACUACCAGGUUGAUAAUGAAGACGGCAUUACGUUUAUACAAACACUGACUCACCUCCUCAAGGGAAACAUUGGAACUGGACUUCUUGGUCUUCCGCUUGCAAUAAAAAAUGCUGGCAUUGUGGUUGGACCAAUCAGCCUUGUGUUCAUAGGAGUUAUAUCUGUUCACUGUAUGCGCAUCUUGGUACGUUGCAGCCACUCUCUAUGUCAGAGGAUGAAGAAGUCCUCCCUGGGAUAUAGUGAUACAGUCAGCUGUGCCAUGGAAGUGGGGCCCCUGACUGCUCUUCAGAAACGAGCUUCUUGGGGCCGGUAUAUUGUGGACUUUUUCCUAGUGAUAACACAGCUGGGAUUUUGUGGUGUUUAUGUUGUGUUCUUGGCAGAAAAUGUGAAACAAGUCCACGAAGGAUUCUUGGAAAGUAAGAUUGCUCCCAUGAAUGUUAGUGCCACUGGCAGCUCCUCUGAGAAAAGGAAUACUGAUUUACGAAUAUACAUGCUGUGCUUCCUGCCAUUCCUGGUCCUCCUGGUCUUCAUUCGUGACCUUAAGAGCCUGUCCUUGCUUUCAUUGCUUGCCAAUCUGUCCAUGGCUGUCAGCCUGGUGAUUAUUUACCAGUAUAUUGUUAGAGAUCUAGGUGAUCCUCGAAAACUGCCACCUGUGGUUGGCUGGAGAAAAUACCCACUGUUUUUUGGGACUGCAGUAUUUGCUUUUGAAGGAAUUGGUGUGGUGCUGCCGUUGGAAAACAGAAUGAAGGACAGCACACGUUUCCCCCAGGCACUGAACAUUGGGAUGGCAAUAGUCAUGGCACUGUACAUCUCACUGGCCACCCUGGGGUAUAUGCGCUUUGGGGAUGAAGUCAAAGGCAGCAUAACUUUAAACCUGCCACAGGAUAAGUGGUUGUAUCAGUCUGUAAAAAUUCUGUACUCCUUUGGAAUUUUUGUGACAUACUCGAUUCAGUUCUACGUGCCUGCAGAGAUUCUGACUCCAGUUGUCACCUCCAGAGUGAGGCAGAAGUGGAAGUUACUCAGUGAGCUUGUGGUGAGAGCACUAUUAGUCUGCUCAACCUGUGCUGUAGCAGUUCUGAUCCCUCGCCUAGACCUGGUGAUUUCUUUCGUUGGAGCCGUCAGCAGCAGCACUCUGGGACUGAUUCUGCCACCUCUGGUUGAAAUCCUCACUUUCUACAAGGAAAACCUAGGUUUAUUGACAAUAUUUAAAGAUGUUUUUAUAGCUGUGGUUGGAUUUGUUGGAUUUUUAACAGGGACAUACGUGACGGUUGAAGAAAUCAUUUAUCCAGCAUCCACAGUUCUUGCUAAUGCAACAGGGAGCUUUCCUGCAGAUGUUAAUGCUACAGACUUGGUGGUUGGGUUAAAGUAAUUAACCAGGCACUGUGAACUAUUUCGUUCCUUAACAAGAAAUUCUUGACUCAGGACCUGCUUUCAACUACUGGUACUGUGUAAAGAGGUACAGUUUGUAAAAUGUAGGAUAUACAUGUGAAAAUACAUUAUUUUUUUAGAAAGUAAUUAUAUAUCUCUUCUGGACUUUGAAUGAAAAGAUUUUGUUUUACAAGAUUUUGUUUUGUUUAUCAAAGCAAUAUUACUUCCAUGCAAAAACAUUUAAUAUCACACAUGAUAAGCAGUUUAUUUUUGUACAUUUUGGUAACUGUUACCCUGACCCAUUUUUUACAUAAUUUCUUUAUCCUUGAUUUCAACUAUACAAAAGUAUGAAAUGCUGUAUUUUUUAUUGCCUGUGGCUUGAAGUCUGUAGACUACAUAUCUAUAUUUCUAUUGGAACAUAUAAUAAUUAUUUUUGCAUUUUUAUGUUUUGCCUUAAGUAGUAUCUAACAUGCUCUUUACGUAUUUUUGCUUCUUUUGUCUUUUUUGGAAAAAAAAUAGUAAGUUCAUAAGUUGGUAUCUGGGUAGAAAUUAGUUUUGUUUAGUAAGCCUGCUGGCUGAGUUCCUAUGAACAAUCCUGAUUUUCAGGGUCUCACACUUCAUAGAUGACUUUCACUCCAAAUGUUGAAGCACUAUUUUUGGUCUUGUUUUCUAAAAACCCUAUGGUUUGUGCAAUAACAUAACUAUUUAUCAUACUCAUUCCCAUUAUGAAGAAACAAAUUUUUCUACAGAAUAUUUUUAAUCAUAACAUUCCCCCAAGAAAUAUGUUAUGCCAAAACCUCUCCACUGUAGUCAUACAAAUUAAGAUAGAAAUAUAUGUAAUAUUUUGCUUGCCUUCAGUAUAUUCCUCAGAAAUUUACCAUUUGGUAAUCUACCAUUUGGCAUUACAGUGCUAGAGUAAUGUACUACUAAAUAUAUCUAUAUUUGUAUUUUCUCUUAAGAAUAUUUCUACUGUCAUCUACCAGCUGGUGACUGUAAUGUGCACUUUUUAUCUCCAUGUGGAUGAGGGCAUUUCUGAUAGGGAUUUGUUACAGCAUGUAGUUUAAACUGCAUGUAUUUGUUCAAGCAAUAGUUCUGAGUAAUCCUCUAAUUUUGAUUUUAGCAUGGACAAAAUUAGAUACUUGGCAGGCACUUGGAAGGGAUAAGUCUGCCUGUGUAAUGCCACAGACUAACCUUUCUUAUGGAAGUGCCACAGUGGAGCAAAAGCAGGUAGUUUAGCAGAGAAGAAAAAAGUAACUUCAGCUUUUCCUCUUGAAGGAUUUUUAGUCUUUAAGCUGUUUUAAAAGACAUUAAAUCUCAGUGUUUCCAUCUGUUUCAUAGUGAAUAUGUUACUUACCUAACCCAUACACCUAUAGAAUAUAUUUCUGUGCAGCAUAUUUUGACGUGAAAUACUUCUGCAAGAAACAUCUUUAGUAGGACUGAGAGGAUUUAAAUGCAAAUUAUUUUUCCUCUUGGUUUUUCAUCUUUCUACUUGUGUAUUGGGAGAAUAAAGGGCUUUGAAGUCCAUUCAUAUCUGUACUGCUUCAGUUGUGUCCUGGUGAGCAGCUCUGAGAAGGUGCUUCUACCAGGGUGCAGAAGGACUGGUCCAGUUCAGAGUUUGGUGAUUUUGUGAGGUGCAAGUGAAUACUGCCACGCUUCUAUCAAUGAAUAUUUGCUGAGCUGGAUACUUAGAGCCUACAGAGGUGGCCCUGGUACCCAGUGAAUGUAACAUAUCCUUGUGAAAGUCAGAUAACUUGUUCAGAAGCUUGAUAGGUUUGAGGGUUCUGAUCUUAGCCAUCAAACCUUGGAAAGGCUGGCCCAAAGACAAAGCCAUGCACAUCUUCCUGCUCUGACUGCAGUGCAGCCUGUCAAGGCACAGGUUUCCAGAGCAGUGAAUGGCCACUGACUGACCAGGUAUGAAGUAGUGCUUUUAUGCAGUUGGCCAGUGUAGCCAAGUCUAACAAUGUUACAUCUUUUGAAUCUUUAAAAUGUUUAUUAAUGUAUUUUGCACAAUGUCAAUUUUCUCCUACAGUGUAGGAUUUUUAUAAUUUUAACACUCAUACGUUUGCAUGGCCUGCUCUUUCAGACAGAAGGAGUCAGGAAUCAGAAUGUCCUGCUUUGGAUAAGAUUAAAAUGUCAUGUGGUAAAAAACUAAGUCUGACUAAUGAGAGCAUCCUGUAAAGCAUUGCCAAAGAUUUAAGAGAGAGGAAAUUCUGACAGAAACCUCUUCUGAAUAAGAGUGUUCAUUCAGCUUUUAAAGUGCUGUAAUAUUAGUUGCAAGUUAAGAGGCGGGAAAUGAAACUGAGAGAUUUCAUAGGUAUGGUUUACAUUAAGGUAUAUAUUUAAGAUGGAAAUGUACUUUAGCACAAGCUAAAUUAAACUGCAAAAUGUGUGAUUAGCUUAUGUUCCUGACAAGGAGCAGAAAGCCUUUGUAUCUAUAUAUUGUAUAUGAACUUAUAUUUUACAAUAUAAUAUUGUUAACAGUUUUAAUGUAAUUUAAUCAUUAGCUGCACUACAGGUAACUGGAUAAUUUUCUUGUCUGUAACUGUUCAUCCUCAAGUAUUGGGCAAAUAAGAGGAUGGGUUUGCCUGAUGUUCUGUAAAACUUUAAUCUUCUGUAUCAAUAAAACAACAAAUUACCCUGCAAAACUCAGUGUUAUCCUGCCUGUCUCCACUACUGCAUCACUAGAAGAAAUAGCUGUCCUACUGCAGAAUUUACCUUUGAAGUUGUCCAAGGAAUGGUGACUGACAUGAGACUCACAUGCAAGCUCUAGAACUGAUUUUUCAUUGGCAACAAAUCUCAUUUUAUAGUCACAUAGGCAGUCAUGAAAAAUCCCACCCUCAC